GGAUGAUCUCAACCAACUUUCUUGGCUUGGUGAUCCACUGCACUAACAAAGGCAUAAAAUAUCAAUUGCUUCCUCUCAUUAUUAGCUUUGGGUAAUAGACAUCAAAUCACAAAUUUUACAAUACCAGAAACAACAACAAACGCCUCUCAAUGGAAAAGUUCGAUGUCGCCGUAGUAGGCCUCGGAGCUCUUGGAAGCGCAGCAGCCUGGCAAGCGGCGCGAAAGGGAGCAAAGGUUGUGGGCUUUGAACAGUUUGAGUUCGGCCACGUCCGAGGCGCAUCUCACGACACGUCUCGCAUUGUCCGCACGGCAUACGAUGCUCCAGAAUACGUCUCGCUUGCCAAAGCUGCCUACAAAGACUGGGCCGAAUUGGAGAAAGACGCCGGGUUGAAGCUGUUGACUGUUACCGGUGGCAUUGUUGUGCUUGCCAAUGACCGUACCUGGACAUCCGGCUUCAAGGUCUCGGAUUACACUGCGAGCCUCGACGCCAACAAUGUACCCUACGAGCUUCUAGGUGCUAAAGAGGUCAACAAACGAUGGCCCAAACUUGACAUUGGUGGCGACGAGAAUGCGGUGUACACCCCAGAUACUGGCAUUGCGCACGCGGCCAAAUCGGUGACGGCGAUGCAAUUCGUUGCUCGCGCUCGCGGAGCCAUUCUCAAGGAAAACACACCAGUAACGGCAGUUAUACCGUUUGCAACAGACCAAAACAAUAAAGGAGUUAUCGUCAAGACAGAAAAGGGCGACUUUCAGGCUCUGAAGGUCAUUCUAGCUGCAGACGCCUGGACCAACAAACUGCUUGCUCCCCUAGGUGCACAAAUUCCACUUGAGGUUAUGCAAGAGCAAGUAACAUACUUCAAGCCGAAAGAGCCCUCUUUAUUUAAUGCCGAUCACUUCCCUGUAUGGAUUCGAAUGGUUGAUGGAAAGACAUUCUAUGGGUUUCCCACUUUUGGCGAACCUACCAUCAAGGCUGGCCGCGACGUGUCAAACAACCGCAUGAGCCCUGAAGACCGGUCUUAUAUCCACUCUCCAAAGCUCUUGGAUGAGUUGAGUGCAUUCAUGAGGGACUUUAUUUCCAAAGAUGAGGAACUUGAAAUCCUUCGCACGGUUACAUGCCAGUAUACGAUUACCCCAGGCCGACAUUUCAUACUUAGCGCACUGGAUGAGUACCCCGACAUUUUGGUUGCAUUGGGGGCGGCUCAUGGUUUCAAAUUCGCACCGGUUAUCGGUCGUGUCAUGGCAGAACUGGCUAUAGAUGGGAAGACAACUGAGGAUCUCUCCAAGUUUGUCAUCCCAGCGAUUCAAUCAGGUGUUCGAAGUAAAAUCUAACAUGAGGUAUAUAUAGCCAUCAUUAUUUCACAAUAUAUCUUGCUUCCAUACACUGCAGUCAUGAUAUUUAA